GCGAGAGGCAUGCACGGAGACGAGUAGGAAGUUUGGAAUUAGGAACUGGAGCCCAGCCUGCCCCAGCAGGGACCCCGGCCCCCUCCAGUGACCAUGCAGAGGUCGCCUCUGGAAAAGGCCAGCGUCAUCUCCAAACUUUUUUUCAGCUGGACUAGACCGAUUUUGAGGAAAGGAUACAGACAGCGGCUGGAACUGUCAGAUAUAUACCAAAUCCCUUCUACUGAUUCUGCUGACAAUCUCUCUGAAAAAUUAGAAGGAGAAUGGGACAGAGAGCUGGCUUCAAAGAAAAACCCCAAACUAAUUAAUGCCCUUCGGAGAUGCUUUUUCUGGAAAUUUAUGUUCUAUGGAAUCUUGCUAUAUUUAGGGGAAGUCACUAAAGCAGUUCAGCCUCUCUUACUGGGGAGAAUCAUAGCUUCCUAUGAUCCAGAUAACAAGGUGGAACGCUCUAUUGCCAUUUACCUGGGCAUAGGAUUAUGCCUUCUCUUUGUUGUAAGGACGCUGCUCCUGCACCCAGCCAUUUUUGGUCUUCAUCACAUUGGAAUGCAGAUGAGAAUAGCUAUGUUCAGUUUGAUUUAUAAGAAGACAUUAAAGCUGUCAAGUCGUGUUCUAGACAAAAUAAGCAUCGGGCAACUUGUUAGUCUUCUUUCCAACAACCUCAACAAAUUUGAUGAAGGACUUGCACUGGCACAUUUUGUCUGGAUUGUUCCUUUACAAGUGACACUCCUGAUGGGGCUGCUCUGGGAAUUGUUACAGGCCUCUGCCUUCUGUGGGCUUGCUUUCCUGAUCAUUGUUGCCUUUUAUCAAGCUGGCUUAGGGAGAAUGAUGAUGAAGUACAGGGACAAAAGAGGUGGAAAGAUCAAUGAAAGACUUGUAAUCACCUCAGAAAUGAUUGAAAAUAUUCAGUCAGUUAAAGCAUACUGCUGGGAGGAGGCAAUGGAAAAAAUGAUUGAAAACCUAAGACAAACAGAAUUGAAACUCACCCGGAAAGCAGCCUAUGUGAGAUACUGCAAUAGCUCAGCUUUCUUCUUCUCAGGGUUUUUUGUGGUGUUUUUAUCUGUGCUUCCUUAUGCACUGAUGAAAGGAAUUAUCCUUCGGAAAAUAUUCACAACUAUCUCUUUCUGCAUUGUUCUGCGCAUGGCAGUCACUCGUCAAUUCCCUUGGGCUGUACAAACAUGGUAUGAUUCUCUUGGAGCCAUAAACAAAAUACAGGAUUUUUUGCAAAAACAAGAAUAUAAGACAUUGGAGUAUAACUUGACAACUACAGAAGUAGUGAUGGAGAAUGCCACAGCCUACUGGGAAGAGGGAUUUGGGGGAUUAUUUGAGAAAGCGAAACAAAAUAAUAACAAUAGAAAAAUUUCCAAUGGUGAUAACAGCCUCUUCUUCAGCAACUUUUCACUGCUUGGUACUCCUGUCCUAAAAGACAUCAAUUUCAAGAUAGAAAGAGGACAGUUACUGGCAGUUGCUGGAUCUACUGGAGCAGGCAAGACCUCACUUCUAAUGAUGAUAAUGGGAGAACUAGAACCUUCAGCAGGUAAAAUUAAGCACAGUGGAAGAAUAUCAUUUUGCUCUCAGUUUUCCUGGAUCAUGCCUGGCACCAUAAAAGAAAAUAUCAUCUUUGGUAUUUCCUAUGAUGAGUACAGAUACAGGAGUGUCAUCAAAGCAUGCCAACUAGAAGAGGAUAUCUCCAAGUUUACAGAGAAAGAUAAUAUAGUUCUUGGAGAAGGUGGAAUUACACUGAGUGGAGGUCAACGAGCAAGAAUUUCAUUAGCAAGGGCAGUGUACAAAGAUGCUGACUUAUACCUGUUAGACUCUCCAUUUGGAUAUCUAGAUGUUUUAACAGAAAAAGAAAUAUUUGAAAGCUGUGUCUGUAAAUUGAUGGCUAACAAAACUAGGAUUUUGGUCACUUCUAAAAUGGAACAUUUGAAGAAAGCAGACAAAAUAUUAAUUUUACAUGAAGGUAGUACUUAUUUUUAUGGAACAUUUUCUGAACUACAAAAUCUACGGCCAGACUUUAGCUCAAAGCUCAUGGGAUAUGAUUCUUUUGACCAGUUUAGUGCAGAAAGAAGAAAUUCAAUCCUGACUGAGACUUUGCGUCGUUUCUCAUUAGAAGGAGAUGGUGCUGUCUCUUGGAAUGAAACAAAAAAGCAGUCUUUUAAACAGACAGGGGAGUUUGGUGAAAAAAGGAAGAACUCUAUUCUCAAUCCAAUGAACUCUGCUAGGAAAUUUUCAAUUGUACAAAAGACUACAUUGCAAAUGAAUGGCAUUGAAGCAAAUUCUGAAGAACCUUUAGAGCGAAGACUUUCUUUAGUUCCUGAUUCAGAGCUGGGAGAGACCAUCCUUCCCAGAAGCAAUGUGAUCAACACUGGCCCCACACUUCAGGGACGAAGGAGGCAGUCUGUUCUCAACCUAAUGACUGGGUCUUCAGGGAACCAAGGCCAAGGCAUUCACCGAAAGGCAGCAGCAUCCACACGGAAAAUGUCACUGGCGCCUACAACCAACUUUACUGAAAUGGAUAUAUAUUCAAGACGAUUAUCUCAAGACAGUGGCUUAGAAAUUAGUGAAGAAAUUAAUGAAGAAGAUCUAAAGGAGUGCUUUUUUGAUGAUGUAGAGAACAUACCAGCUGUGACUACCUGGAACACAUACCUGCGCUACAUUACUGUCCACAAGAGCUUAAUUUUUGUUCUGAUUUGGUGUUUAAUUAUUUUCUUGGCUGAGGUGGCUAUAUCACUGGUUUUCUUGUUGCUGUUUGAAAAAAGUCCUCGUCAAGACACAGGAAAUGUAACUAAGAGCUCAAAUAACAGCAGUUAUGGAGUGAUCAUCACCAAUACCAGCUCCUAUUAUAUUAUUUACAUUUAUGUGGGAGUAGCUGACACUUUGCUUGCUCUGGGCCUGCUCAGAGGUUUACCCUUGGUGCAUACUCUGAUCACAGCGUCGAAAAUUUUACACCACAAAAUGUUGCAUUCGGUUCUUCAGGCACCCAUGUCAACCCUUAACACAUUGAAAGCAGGUGGAAUUCUUAACAGAUUCUCCAAAGAUAUAGCCAUUUUGGAUGAUCUCUUGCCUCUUACCAUAUUUGACUUCAUCCAGUUGAUAUUAAUUGUGAUUGGAGCUGUGAUUGUAGUCUCUGUUUUAGAACCCUACAUCUUCCUAGCAACAGUGCCAGUGAUUAUUGCUUUUGUUAUGUUGAGAGCCUACUUCCUCCACACCUCACAGCAACUCAAACAACUGGAGUCUGAAGGCAGGAGUCCAAUUUUUACCCAUCUUGUUACAAGCUUAAAAGGACUGUGGACACUCCGUGCCUUUGGGCGACAGCCUUAUUUUGAGACGCUGUUCCACAAAGCUCUGAAUUUACAUACUGCCAACUGGUUUUUGUACCUAUCAACUCUGCGCUGGUUCCAAAUGAGAAUAGAAAUGAUUUUUGUCAUCUUCUUCAUUGCUGUUACCUUCAUUUCCAUUUUAACAACAGGUGAUGGGGAAGGAAGAGUUGGUAUUAUUUUAACUUUAGCAAUGAAUAUCAUGAAUACAUUGCAGUGGGCUGUAAACUCCAGCAUAGAUGUGGAUAGCUUGAUGAGAUCUGUAAGCCGUGUCUUCAAGUUCAUUGAUAUGCCAACAGAAGAAAUUAAACCUAGCAAGCCAGUCAAACCAUCGAAGGAAGGCCCACUCUCAAAAGUCAUGAUUAUUGAGAAUGAGCAUGUGAAGAAAGAUGACAUCUGGCCCUCAGGGGGUCAAAUGACUGUCAAGGACCUCACAGCAAAGUACAUAGAGAGUGGGAAUGCCAUAUUGGAGAACAUUUCCUUCUCAAUAAGUCCUGGACAAAGGGUGGGUCUCCUGGGAAGAACUGGAUCAGGGAAAAGUACUCUAUUGUCUGCUUUUUUGAGACUACUAAAUACUGAAGGAGAAAUUCAAAUAGACGGUGUGUCAUGGGAUUCAAUAACUUUGCAACAGUGGAGGAAAGCCUUUGGUGUGAUACCACAGAAAGUAUUUAUCUUUUCUGGAACAUUUAGAAAAAACUUGGAUCCUUAUGAACAGUGGAAUGAUCAAGAAAUAUGGAAAGUUGCAGAUGAGGUUGGACUCAGAUCUGUAAUUGAGCAGUUUCCUGGGAAGCUUGAUUUUGUCCUUGUGGAUGGUGGUUAUGUCUUAAGCCAUGGCCACAAGCAAUUGAUGUGCUUGGCCAGAUCUGUUCUAAGUAAGGCAAAGAUUUUGCUGCUUGAUGAACCCAGUGCUCAUUUGGAUCCAAUAACAUACCAAAUCAUUAGAAGAACCAUAAAACAAGCUUUUGCUGAUUGUACAGUUAUCCUCUGUGAACACAGAAUAGAAGCAAUGUUGGAAUGUCAGCGAUUUUUGGUCAUAGAAGAGAACAAAGUGCGACAGUAUGAUUCUAUCCAGAAACUUCUGAGUGAGAAGAGUCUCUUCAGGCAGGCCAUCAGCAACUCUGACAGGCUGAAGCUCUUCCCUCAUCGGAACUCCAGCAAGCACAAGUCCAGAUCAAAAAUUGCUGCUCUGAAGGAGGAAACAGAAGAAGAGGUACAAGAAACACGAUUAUAGACAACAGUGUAGAUGCUUGCAUGUGACAUUUGUUCAUGGAGUUGGAGAAGAAAACAGUUUCUGCCUCAGAAAACAGAUGAAUAAUGCUUUAUUUUUUAAAAGAAUAUUUUUGGCAAGGAGAAUUAAUCUCCUUGAGGGUCAAGGGAAAUGGCUUUCUGGCAAUGGUCAAAUUGUGUGAAAGGUAUUUCAAGUCCUAGAAGAUUUGCAAGCCAGUCUUCCCUGAAAACCCUUUUCCUUUGGUAGAAACUGCAGAGAUGACUGUACAUGUCAAGCAGGUUACUUCUCAAUUGUUUAGUGUUGGUUCUCAUAAUGUUAAGUGAGACUCAUUAAUUUACAUUGUUGAAGAAGUACUGUAAUAGUACUUCCUAAAGAUACAAUUAAGUAAUAACUGGAAAUUUUAGUGGUUUAUAUAAGCUUAUAUCCAUUUGCUCCCUUUUCUCCAAGAUCCCUAAAAACAC